AUUUUGUAAUUUCCCACUACAAAAUUCAAGAAGAAAAUUACCGCUUAAAAAAUCAUCGUAGCUAUUAGGAGAAGAAGCUGAAUACGUACAGGUGAACUGAAAAGAUAAAGUUAGAACUUGCAAUAGAAACAAAGAUCUGUCUAUUGCACUUCAGGCUGAUUGUUAGACAGAUAGUCGCAAGUAUAUAAUGGCUUAUAAAUUUACAUCAAUAAAAUUGACAAAAUGGCAAUUGGCAUUGGUUUUGGGCACUCCUUUGGCAUUGGGCCUGGGUUUCUAUUUGUAUAAUAAAUUAACUGCCAAAGAUUUGGAUAACAAAACAACAGAUAAAGACGUUGAUAGUGAAAAUAAGAAAGCGGGUAAAGGUAAAACUAGUAAACUAAAGGCAUCGAAAACGCAGAAAAAAUCAUUAUCUAUUGAUGGCAUUACAGAGGAGGAUAAAGAAACAGAAAAGCGCAAGAAAUUGGCAGAGUUGGAAAAUGAAAGAUUGUCACCCCUUAAGGAAGCAACCAUAUACAAGAAUGAGGGUAACGCCUGUUAUCGCAAUGGAAAAUUUGAUGAAGCCAUUAUCUUCUACGACAAAGCAAUCGACAAAUGUCCCAGUGAACAUAAAACUGAUUUAGCGAUAUUCUAUCAAAAUCGAGCCGCCUCCUAUGAGAUGCUACGCAAAUGGAACAAAGUUAAGGAGGAUUGUACCAAGUCGUUACAAUGCAAUCCACGGUAUCCUAAAGCCUAUUUUCGACGAGCCAAAGCUUAUGAAGCCACAAAUGAAAUGAGCGAUUGCUUGGAUGAUGUGACCGCCACUUGUAUUUUAGAAAUGUUUCAGAACAACAAUACCAUUAUGUACGCCGAUCGUGUAUUGAAGCAAACAGGUCGUGAAGAUGCCGAGAAGGGAAUGAAGGAUCGAGUGCCCAUGCUGCCAUCGAAAAAUUUCAUUAAUACUUAUUUGCGUUCGUUUGUUGCUGAUCCAUUGCAAGCAAAUUUGUCAGCUACUGAAGUUACGGAUUUACUUAACACCAAGGACGAUAGGCUGUACGGUUUCGCUCGUGCAAAGCAUGCGAUGGAUGAGCAGCGAUACGAUGAAAUCAUUCCGGCUUGCACCGAAGAAAUUGAAUCCUCCGAGUCGGAAUCACAAUAUAAGAGCGAGGCUUUGUUAUUGCGCGGUACAUUUCAUUUGUUAUCUGGCUCAUUUACGGAAGCUAGACAAGACUUGGAUGCAGUCAUCAAUAACGCCGAUGCCGAUGUCAAAUUACGAGCGUACGCUCUCAUAAAACGUGCCUCUCUACAUAUACAACUGGAAGAGAAAGAUCAGGGAUUAGCUGAUUUUGACCAAGUGCAAAAGUUACAACCCGACAAUCCCGAUUUGUAUCAUCAACGCGCUCAGAUAUAUAUACUGCUCGAUCAGUUAAACGAAGCUCUGCAAGAGUAUGAAAAGGCCAUCAAAAUUGCACCCAAUAACGCGAUGGCAUAUGUGCAGAAAUGUUACGCUGAAUAUCGUUUAGGUUUACUUUCGGGCGAUCAGAUGCGCUUGCUUAUGAUUAUGAAUGAGUUUCGUAACGCUAUUGAGAAAUUUCCCGGCUGCGUCGAGUGUUACAGUUUGAUGGCUCAAGUACUUAGCGAUCAACAGCAAUUCCAACAGGCCGAUCAAUUUUACGAGAAGGCAAUAAAAAUGGCGCCUGAAAAUGCCUCGUUAUUAGUGCAUCGUGGUAUUAUGAUGCUACAAUGGAAAGGUGACAUUGAUAAGGCUAUCAAUCUAAUGCAGCAGGCAAUUGAUGUCGACGAUAAAUGCGAGCUAGCCUACGAGACAUUGGGUACUGUUGAAGUCCAGAGAGCCAAUCUAGAUCGGGCGGUAGAACUAUUCGAAAAGGCCAUCAAAUUGGCUAAAAGCCAGGCGGAAAUGUGCCACUUAUAUGCUUUACGCAAUGCAGCGAUUGCUCAAAUCAACGUUACUCGAAAACUGGGUAUAGAUAUGUCUAAUAUAUCGGCUCUAGCGCAGGCAGGCAUUGCCUCGCAAACAAUGGCAGCCGAUACCAAAUAAAAAACGAUUCACAAGCAUUUUAAUCGCUUUCAGGACAAGCGAACAGCAAAAAAUUGUUAUUAAAAUGAAAUUGUUGGAGAAAAUUCCACGAGGUGCAUUUUAUAAAUUAAUUUUUAAAAUUAAUCAUCUGUUAAAAUAUUUCUGUUACAUAUACUUAAAUCCAUUCUCCGACCAUUCUCCACGAACAAGUAUAAUAUCUUUGGUACAAAAAUCUUUUCGAUUCUUUUUGUUUUUUCUGCUCUCUGCCUUUUCCUUUCGAUUAUACAAUUUACUUAUAUUUAGCAAAAUAUUGUAUAUUUUAGCUUUUCCUCUGUUAUUUACAACAGUUUAAAAAAAGAAAAAAAUCAAUAAAUUAUUGUAAAUCUCCCCUUCACAUUCACACGCAAUUGACGAACUCUCCUAAUACAAAGUAAAUUAACAUAGAGAGGUAAACGAGAUAGAUAGACAGACAUAAAACCCAACCAGCUUAUGUAAGGCUUGUUGAGGGCGAAAAUGCACGAAUUUCAUUUCAUCAUAUAUUUUGUAACGAAAUUUUACGCUU